CAGUAGUUCUUAUCACGCCAACAGGUUGCCUUAGCACCUGGUUGUGACAUCAUUAUAAGUAUAAACGGUAAGGAUAUCUUUUCUCCUCCCAUUUGUGCUGCUGACUGUGAACUCCCACAUUCGCCAAGAUACACAACCUGAUACGGACCAAGAUGAUGACAUAUCAGAGUGAAGUGAUUAACACACAGCCUCAGGUGACAGUCACCAGUUACACUGUCUCCACUGGUUCCUCUGACUGGAGCUCCAAUCUCUGCGACUGCUGUGAUGACUGUGGCAUCUGCCUCUGUGGUACAUUUAUCCCCUGCAUCCUGGGUUGUAAGGUGGCACAGGACCAUGGGGACACCUGCUGUCUACCCUUUCUGCCUGGAGCCAUGAUUGCUUUAAGAACCAGCAUUCGUGACAAAUACCAGAUCAAUGGGUCUAUCUGUGAUGACUGGUUGGUUAUGGCCUGCUGCCCGUUAUGUGGUCUCUGCCAGAUGGCUCGGGAACAGAAGAUGAGGGGCUAAGGAGUCAAAAAGGGCAGUGAUAGGCCUGGCGGCUUCUUGAUGACAAAACUGCAUAUUAUUAUUAUUAUUAUUAUUAUUAUUAUUAUUAGACAUAUAUUUUGACUAGCCAUUUCAAUAAAAUAUUUGUUUUUGA